CUCUUUUUUUCUUCAGUUUCAAUACAGAUCUGAAAAAAGCCUCAGGAAAAAAAAGGCCCAUCAAAUUAAGUCAUCCUGGAAUAGUGGCAGACCCACUCUACACUGAAGCAAACCUUUCUUCUAUGUGAGCCAGAGCCCCCCAAAAUAAAGAACAUGAACUAUCCUUUCAUACACCUGUAAAGUGAUGACUAUCACAUGGGAAUUUGAGAAGCUGAUGUAUUACAUAGUUCUGAAUCAAAUGAGAGAUAUCCAACUUCCAUGAUGUCCUGGAAAGAUUUACCACAAAAUAAACAAGAGGAAAAAAUUUAAACAACUCUUAAAUCUGUGCUUGCACAUUGGAUUUGUGUAGUUAUGUAGACAAAUCUAAGACAAACAUACAACCAUGUUUUUAAAGUUCUAAAAGACAAACAAUUGUGUCAAAAUGUUGUUUAUAGUCUGUCUCUGAACCAUUGACUUGUGGAAAGUACAGCUGUUAUUUGUAGAUUUAGAUUUUGAAUGACCAGUAAGCAAAAAGACUUUCUCUAGAAAUAAUCAUGAUUGAUAAUUAUACAUGUAACAAGACAGAUGGAGACAAUACAGAUUUCCGGUACUUCAUUUAUGCAGUGACAUACACUGUUAUUCUUGUGCCAGGUCUCAUAGGGAACAUAUUAGCCUUGUGGGUAUUUUAUGGCUAUAUGAAAGAAACCAAAAGGGCUGUGGUAUUUAUGAUAAAUCUAGCCAUUGCUGACUUAUUACAAAUUCUCUCUCUGCCACUGAGGAUCUUUUACUACUUGAACCAUGACUGGCCAUUUGGUCCUGGCCUCUGCAUGUUUUGUUUCUACUUGAAAUAUGUUAACAUGUAUGCCAGCAUCUACUUCUUGGUCUGCAUCAGUGUGCGAAGAUUUUGGUUUCUCAUGUACCCCUUUCGUUUCAAUGACUGCAAACAGAAAUAUGACUUGUAUAUCAGCAUAAUUGGCUGGCUCAUCAUUUGCCUUGCCUGCCUACUCUUUCCUCUUCUCAGAACCAAUGAUGAUACUCCAGGUAACAGAACCAAAUGCUUUGUGGAUCUUCCCAUCAGAAAUGUCAAUCUGGCCCAAUCUGUUGCCAUGAUAACUAUCGGAGAGGUGGUUGGAUUUGUUACUCCUCUUAUGAUUGUCCUAUACUGUACCUGGAAGGCAGCUUUAUCAUUACAAAAUAAAUACCCCAUUUCUCAACAUCUUGGAGAGAAAAAGAAAGCCUUGAAGAUGAUUCUGACCUGUGCAGGGGUAUUUCUAAUUUGCUUUGCACCUUAUCACUUCAGCUUUCCUUUAGAUUUUCUGGUUAAGUCUAAUGAAAUAAAGAGCUGCUUAGCCAGAAGAGUGAUUCUAAUAUUUCAUUCUGUUGCCCUGUGUCUGGCAAGUCUGAAUUCCUGCCUUGACCCAGUAAUAUAUUAUUUCACCACUAAUGAAUUCAAAAGACGUCUUUCAAGACAAGAUUUGCCUGAUAGCAUCCAACUCCAUACAAAAUCAUACAAAGUUGUGAGUAACCAUGCCACUUCUACAAUGGCAACUGAACUAUGCUAAAUAAGACCCCAAACUGAAUGUGGCCUGGAAUUCCAGAACCAAAACACAUUUGCAAUACCCCAUUAACAGGAUAGUACUCACAGAAAGCUCACAACAUUCAGUGUGUCCUAUAUUACUUACACAGGGAAUGCACAUAUUUAUGACAAGACCUAUUUGAAUCUUUAUGUUUCUAUAUAAUUGUUGGUGACAUAUCCAUGUGGUAAGGUAUGACCAAGUCUUUAAAACUUAAGCAGUAAAUUUUUUAUGACAUGCUACACAAUAUGCUCUCGGCUAGAUUCAUAUGUUUUAUCUAUGAACCUAAAUCACAGAAAGAUUGCUAUUUCAACCCCACCUUAUAAGCAAUGAGUUUACUUACCUCAGAUGCUGAAUCUAUGAUCAAAAGGAGUGCAAUUGUCUAUUUGUAGUAGUGAUCACCGUUUGCAUUCCAACAACAUAUUUGGUUGGGUUUAGAGUGCGAUGGACAAUACUUUAUGUACACAUAACAUUACAAAAAUAGGAUAAUUUUUAUUUCCCAAGUGUGGUUCCUUUCAAGCUUUUGAAAACUCCAAUGCUUGAUUUCUUCAGUUAAUUUCAAUAUGAAACAUCAUGUAACAUCUAUUCAUUAAAUGAAAUUCUGAAAUCAGGCUUCAGUAUAUUUAAUUGAACAACACACAUUCAUGAUACACAAUAAACCUCUGUGGUUGUAUAAAAU